AUGCCCGAAACAAUGCGCGCCAUUGAUAUCAAGGGCGAUAUUGGCCCUGCAGAGUCCCUCUAUAUGGCUGAAAUUCCUAAGCCGGUGCCCAAAGAAGCACAGGCUUUGGUAAGAGUUAAGGCUUUCGGUCUCAAUCGUGCGGACAUUAUGCAGCGCGAUGGAGAGUAUCCUGUUCCACCCUGGGCUGGCAAGAUCAUGGGUUUGGAGUUUUCUGGUAUCAUAGAGGAGCUGGGAGAAAAUAGCGAACCAUCAUUCAAGGUUGGCGAUGAAGUGUUCUCGUUGACAUAUGGUGGGGCGUACGCCGAGUAUGUUGCUGUUUCGACUCACAUGUUGAUCCAUAAGCCCGCUCAACUAUCAUGGGAACAAGCUGCAGGCAUUCCAGAGACCUGGCUCACAGCGUCAAAGAUCAUGUACAUGAUUGGAGAGUUUACGCGUGGUAAAUCUAUUCUAUGGCACGCUGGCGCAUCUGGCGUCUCCAUUAGCGGGAUCCAGCUUUCUGUUGCUGGCGGUGCCUCUGCUGUCUACGCAACAACACGGUCUGAUGAAAAAUGCGAUUUCUGCGUCAACACCCUGGGCGCUACCGCAGCUUUCAACACCACGGAUCCGAACUGGGUUGACCAGGUGCUAAAGGCAACUGAUGGAAAAGGCGUUGAUAUAAUCGCCGAUUUGAUCGGACCUGACGUCUUUGCUGAAAAUCUCAAGAUCGGCGCCAAGGAUGCCAGGAUUGUGCUGAUCGGAUUGAUGAGCGGGACAACAUUCAAAAAGGAAUUCGACAUGGGACUUCUCGCCUUCAAGAGAAUUCGAUACGAGGGAUCAACGUUGAGGAGCAGAGAUGAAGAGUUCCAGCGUAAGCUGAGAGACAAGUUCGUUUCGGAGGCCCUCCCUGACUUUCUGGCUGGCAAGUUCAAAAUCUACAUUGAAAAGGUCUAUCCGUGGGAACAGAUUGUCGACGCGCACAAGAUGCUGGAGACGAACAAGACCAUGGGAAAAAUUAUAUGCACUAUCAAUUAG